AUGGCAUCCAAAUCAAAGUCCCACCCCCUCAAUGGGAUGCAUACCGCCGGCAUCUUCUCCGACCUCAGCGCUGAUGGACCCCUCAUCGGCACCCUUGUCGCUAUUGUCGACCGCGCCAAGAACCUGCCCAAUCGCAAGACCAUUGGAAAGCAGGACCCCUACUGUGCUGCCCGUCUCGGCAAAGAGGCCAAAAAGACGACGACCGAUAUACGAGGAGGCCAGACGCCCAAGUGGGAUCAAGAGCUUCGGUUCGCCGUCCACGAUUCUCCAGACUACUACCAACUCAAGGUUUCGGUCUUCAACGACGACAAGAAAACAGACUUGAUCGGAGAGACCUGGAUUGACCUCAGGGACAUCAUUGUCCAAGGAGGCGGCCAGAACGACCUAUGGCACAAUCUGACCUGCAAGGGAAAAUACGCAGGCGAGGUGCGCAUGGAGAUUACCUACUACGACACUCGACCCAAGCCAGAGAAGCCCGUGGCAAAAGCAAAGCCAGUCACUUCGGAUCCGCAGGACGCCUCCAAGCCCUCGUCAAGGAGCCCCGUCAAGAGACGGCCCCUUCCCUCCGACCCCUUCACCGGCGAGGCCCCCACAGGUGCUGCGUCUCAUCCGGAGCCCGUCGCCACUCCACCAAGGGCACUCCCGAGGCAGCCCAGCAGCUACAUCCCGAAUCAGUCUCCGCUCCAGAAUGUGGAAUACAACACGCCGCCACCCGCGCCACGCCACCACCAGGGGGACCCCUACGCUGUGUCCCCCCUCCAGUCCCUGCCUCACACGCCAACUUCGGCCGGCCGUUACGAAAGCUACUCCAGCAGGCACGAUGACAGAGAGUACAGCCCUCGUCACCAAUCCCACCCUUCACAGGACCGACGUGAGUCUCGGGCUCAGCCCAAUGGUCGUCGGGAGUCAUAUGACGUGUUCGCAGCGGAAGACGCCAGGCAGGACUUCCCUGAUGAUGACGAUAGGCCGCCGCCGCCCCCAGUUCACCGCAGCCGACACAACAGCGGCGUCGGUGCCCAGGACGCGAUGAUCCGUCCAGCAUAUGAAACCCCGCCCAAAACUACCCCUCUCAUGAGGCAUGAUGUCCUCAAGCAUGAGGCUCAUCGCCGCUCCGCCCCCUCAUACCCUGGCAGGCCCGCCUUCCGCGCUUAUGACUCGGCUCCCGCUGCGAACAAUCUUCUGCAGAACACUCCUGAGGAGCACUCUCACCACCCAUCCCCCCCUCGCCACCACUCGUACGACACGGCAUAUGAGCCAUACCGGUCCAUGCAACCUACUGUCGAGGAUGCUCCAGAAUCUCCUUCUCAAUCGGUGGGCAGUGCCCACCAGGUCGUUUCGAGAAGGUCCAUGCAUGAUGACAUGGGUUAUGACCAAGUGCCAUCACCAGCACCUCUGAAUCUCAGCGGCAGGGGCAGCGCCGCUAGAGGUCAGCGCGAUCCCUCGCCGCAGCCGUUAUACUCUCGUCAAGAUGACUAUGUAGACUAUGGACGUCAGCAGCCACUGCCAGUCUCCCCCGUCUCCUCAAGGGAGUAUACCCACAGCCCCGGCGACGUCUCCCACCCGUCUCACAGCAGUCAGAGUCAGUACCCUUCGCACAGGAACGAGCUUUCGGGUACGGAAAUCCAGGCGUACGACAUGCCGUCUGUGCCUCCAUCCCUGGUCCCUGGCGUAGACCCCCUUCUGGCCCAGGAGGUCUCGGACCGGAUUCACGACGAAAGACGACACGAGAGACGAUACACACAGAGCGCUGCAACCCCGCCACGCGGAAGACAGCAAUCGCAGCAGCAGAUCGAGCCUUCGAAUUACGAGUAUAUGAACUCUCAAAACCCGUACAGCGCGCCAUCCUACGAUUCUCAAUCCAUCGUCCCCUACCAAGGUGGCUCGCCAGCGCAACAAGGCCAGGUGGUCAGGGCUAGGAGCGGGGGCCGCAACCGCCUGCAGAAGCGAACCCAUCGUGCGUCUGCUCUGCCGGCUCCACCUCCGGUUGGCUCAAGCCCUCUCGCGCCCAUCUCGUCACACAAUCACCAGGAGAGCCUGGGAGGCGGUUUCACGCCUCCGACUCGACUCCCUCGGGCGUCGACAUGGGACUAUCCCAACGAGAACCACGCGCCCCAGUAUGGCAGCUCUCCUGGAGGCUCGCGCGGCGCCCCCCCAGUCCCUGACAAGAUUCCUUUGCCCCUCAUGAGCGGUGCCUUGACGCACCGAGGCUCGGGCGGUGUCGGUGGCGGCGAGGACUGGGCGCUGAUGCACGAGAUGAGCCAGAUUGACAUUGGCGCAGGUCGGUCGAGGCGGCACGGAGGUUACUGAAGCUUUUCAUGUGAGCUUGAUGUUUGUGAAAUGUAAACGAUAGAUGUAUGCUUAUGAUUUCAUUGCAUGCUUGGCGUUAGGACGUGGAUAUAUGCCUUGCAUUUUCAUUUCCCCUUGUCCCAAAGGACGGCGGAAGGAUGGAUUGGGAGGUGAGCGGAGGUAAUACCACCAGGGUGAUACAAAUCGAGACAUUU